UGGCAAAAUGUGAGUAUUUCAACCCGGGGGGCAGUGUGAAGGACCGCAUCAGCCUGAGGAUGGUGGAAGAUGCAGAGAGAGCCGGGAUUAUAAAACCAGGAGACACACUGAUUGAGCCCACUUCAGGAAACACAGGGAUUGGGCUGGCGCUGGUAGCUGCAGUGAAAGGUUACCGCUGCAUCAUUGUCUUGCCGGAGAAAAUGAGCAUGGAAAAGGUCGAUAUUCUGAAGGCGCUGGGUGUGGAAAUUGUGCGGACCCCGUGCACCCGCUUUGAUGCCCCGGAGUCUAACAUUCGUGUUGCCUGGAGGCUGAAAAGUGAAAUCCCAAACUCUCACAUCCUGGACCAGUACCGAAAUCCAAGCAACCCCCUGGCUCAUUACGACACCACAGCUGAGGAGAUCCUGGAGCAGUGUGAAGGCAAGGUCCACAUGGUGGUGAUGGGGUCUGGCACAGGAGGCACCAUCACUGGCAUCGCCAGGAAGCUGAAGGAGAAGUGCCCAGAGUGCAAGAUCGUUGGUGUAGAUCCUGAUGGCUCCAUCGUCGCCCUGCCCAGUGAGACGAACAGGAUGAACACCACAGCCAUUGAAGUGGAGGGCAUUGGGCAUGACUUUAUCCCUACUGUCCUUGACAGAUCAGUGGUUGAUCAGUGGUAUAAAUGCAACGACAGGGACUCGUUCCUCAUGUCUCGCAGACUGAUUAGAGAGGAGGGAUUAUUGUGUGGCGGCAGCUCGGGCAGUGCCAUGUCCAUCGCCGUGCAGGCUGCCAAGGACCUGAAGGAAGGUCAGCGCUGCGUCGUCAUCCUGCCUGACUCCGUCAGGAACUACAUGUCCAAAUUUUUGAAUGAUAAGUGGAUGAUAAAAAAUGGUUUCCUAAAUGACGUCCAGGAGCACAAGCCUUGGUGGUGGAACAUCAAGGUGCAGAAACUGAAUCUCUCAGCCCCUCUCAUUCUCCUCCCAGAAGUCAGCUGUCAAAAGGCAAUUGAGAUCCUCCAGGAGAAAGGAUACGACCAGGCUCCUGUUGUUGCUGAAUCGGGGCUUAUUUUGGGAAUGGUGACCCUCAGCAACACCCUCACCUCGGUGCUGGCUGGAAACACACAGUUCUCAGACCCUGUUACGAAGGUCAUCUAUGACCAGUUCUCAAAGAUUGGCCUGGAGGACAGCCUCGGGAAGCUUUCCUGCAUCCUGGAGAAUGACCAUUUCGCUAUCGUUGUACACGAGCAAAUGCAGUUCAAUGGAAAUGGCAGUUCUUUCAUGAAGCAGAUGGUGUUUGGUGUGGUCACAGCGAUGGACCUCCUCACCUUCGUCAGCAGAAACGACAAGUAG